GCCACGCCAUGCCUGCCUGACGCGUCUCCCGUGUGUUUUAAUGGCUGCGUGUGCCAGCUAGCUAAAGAAUAAUGAGGAGCUCCGUCGUGCCGAGAUUAAACGUAUCUUUUCUGCCUGAUAUAAGAAGCGGCUGCGGACGGAAGGGACGCGCGGCGCCUGCACGCAGGCCGUGCAAAGAUGAAGGUGAAUCGGGGUCCAGUGAUGAAGGGAAUGAAAGCAGCGCGGGUCCGAUCCCGUCCAGGGACCAAACAUCUCGGUUCCGGAAUUCGCUCAAGCAGAACAUCUGCAUAGACAUGCUACGCAAGGGUUACCACCGGUCCUUCAGGGAGAUCUUCGCUCUGAUCCAGAAGCAGGCCGCCUCCGGGGAGGCCCCGGGGCCCGGGUCAGGCAUAUGGCAGCCCAGGCCCCUGGAGGAGCGGCCCCACAAACUGGAGCAGAUUCAGCGCUUCCUGACCAGGGCUGAGGAAGCCCAGAGAGCAGGUUGUUAUGAAGAGGUGUAUGACAAUCAGGUGGUCUUGGCACGCUACUUUGAGGACCAAGAGGACAAGUGGUUGUCUGACUACUUUUAUGAAGUCUGCCUGGACUCUGCCCAGCGGAUUAAGAUGGAUGGGGGGGAAAGGGAGGCGGAAGCGAAUUUUAACAUGGGCCGUAUCUACAUGGAACAAGGGCGUCUGGAAGCCGCAGUGGAGUGUGCUACAGCUUCCCGUCGCCUGGCAGCCGGCAGGACUUGGACGGACGGGGUGGGCCGGAGCUGCUGCGCGCGGACCUGCCAGAGUCUGUCCACCAUCUACUCAUCACUCGCAAAGAAGAUGUUGGAGAAUGAGGAGCACCAAGUAGCCAUCGAGACUCUGCUGAAGGCCCUCGAGAUGGCAAAAGAAGCUGGAGAUAAAAAGAUUGAAGCGGAAGCAGCGUAUCGACUUGGGUCGGCGUACCGACUCGUGCAGGACCAUCAGGCAGCCAGGAGAUAUCUGAAGGUGCACGUGGAGAUCUGCACGGCGCUGGGAGAUCUCGACCAUCUUGGCGACACGUAUACGGCUGUAGCGGAGUCGCUGCAGAGUGAAGGGAAACAUGAUGAGGCCAUACAGUACCUUCUGGAAUUUGCGGAGGCGUCUGCAGGAAACAGCCAGCGUGGCAGCUUGGGGGUCGUCUACUUGUACCUUGGAACCAUCUUCAUCUCAAACGGCGCGUAUGACAGGGCCUGCGAGAUGUUCCUGAGGGCCUCGGAGAUGGGCGAGGAGCUCGGCCGCCAGGAGCUGCUCCGUAGGGCCCGGGUGCACCUCGGCAUCGCCCGCGCCCUCCACAUGACAGCAGCCCCCAGCAGCCGCGGGGGGGCGUCCCCGCUCGCCGACGUGCCCAGGCUACUGGCGUGGAAGGACAGUCGGAGGGGCACGUUUGGUGACACGGCGGGGGGGGCUUUCCAGUGACAGUGUCAUCUCACUGCUUGAUCAUAUGACCUCUUAGCUGCAGAUGUCUUAAAUUUAUAAAAUAAUUACCCCUUUAUUACAGUGACUUUGCCGUGAAGUUAUUUCUCAAUGUGACAAAGUGCCUCAGCUUUAAUGGGCACCAUCACCUUUGUUUGGGGAGUUUUUAUCAAACCAGUAACUGAACCCGUAGAUCUGAAUGACGAUGAAUUGGAUCAAAGGGCGAGUCUUGGGCGGAGCCUCAUGUGUCACCAGCUGCAGAAUUAACUUAUUUAAUUGCUGGUUAACAGCUGGUUUUGACCUCUCCAACCCAAGUGCUGCGUUGACCAAACGCCUGCAGCUUCUGCAGGAAACGGGCGACUUAAAAGAUCAUAUCCUGCCAAACACAAGUGACACUGCAUAGUCAGACGGUACGAUUCUGUCCCAGAUUUCUGCCACUCAUGAGCGAUGGGCUUUGCAGGGCACGUUCCCUAGGUAACCGUGCGGGAGCUGGCUGGGUGCAGUCGGCUCCCAGGCUGUGUCACCAUGAAGGCUUAUUAGGGGCGGCAGGUCUGAGCGAGGCCCCUAAUAAGAGAAUCCGAGGAUCAGAUCCAUUGGAGCCGCCCGGGACCUCGGCGCUGUGCCUGCGAAUGACUGCUAGGUGGCGGGUCUCUGGGACCCCGCGGCCGGCCUGGGCGCCGUGAUAAAAAGGCCCAGAUAAAACGUCCUGACAGCAGCUCCUAGAUGCAGUGGGACGGGGCCCCGUCAGCCGGGACCUUGCCUUCCUGCUUCCUUCCUUUCUUCUUCCUUUUAAAAGGCUGCGCUCUCUUCGCUUCUUCCCAGCCGCUGGGUGACUGGCCAGCUCCGGACCAGCAAGGUGGAUUCUGUGUGCUAAUUAGCACUUAGCUACAAACCGCUCCCACCGCCCGAUCGUGACGUGUUUCUGCUGGGUCUCCCGAUGCUCCUGGAUGAUCUACAUUGACUCCAGUAGGAUGAAACCAGUUGAGCACAUUAAUGAGUAAAAUGGGGUGUGAAUUCAUUAAGCGACUUCCAGAGAGCAACAUAUAAGACGAUGAGUGAGAGAAACGUCUGUCAGGUACCACAACUUAUUUAUAGUUAAGACAACAUUAAAACUGGACCGUGACUUUUCUCAUGGGGGUCUCAGCAGUGUAGUACAUGGGGUCCUUUUGUAGGGUGUGAUCACCUGAAACCUCAGUGCUACGUGGUUUCAUUUGUGUGCAUUUUAUGUUUACUGUGUGACAUACACAUGCAACAGCAGUAAUCCCACCUUGGCCUGUGCCUGUGCGGGAUUGGUCAUUUGGGUCAGAAUGCUCCGCCUUUGUCACUCGGGGUGUAGAGGAGAAUGGGCCCCACAACCUGACCUCAGCACCUCCCAGCUGAUGUGACACAGUCAGUGUUCAGUGGGGUUCGUUCAGGAAGCACCCCUCGGCGUACUCCAUUAAGCUCAUGUAGUCUCGCUCUAAGUUUAAAGCAAUGCACAGCAAACGUUUAUGUGUUUGUAGCAUUUUACUGAGCUUUGUGUUGAAUUUCACUAACUGUGUAUGUGAGAAAUAAACCUCAGUUUGAUGACAGAA